AUGGCUCUCAAUAACUUUCUCCCAAUAUUUCUCAGCAAUGGUCUCGUUGCUAUUGUGUCCGGGUUGUUCGGAAAUCUGCUAGUUGAUACCAUGAGUCUUGGGCCUGUGUCCCCCUUUGACGCCACUGCAUGCUUUCUUGCCAUUGGCAUGGCAGUUAUACCAUCAUCGUGGGGUGAGAACUAUGGUGACCCUUCAGAGAACAAGGACUUGCUUACCCAGUUCAACGGUGCUGCUGUGGCCAUUGCUUCAGAUCAGAUGAGAAGAUUGCAUUGUUUGGUGCAAUACAAUCCCUCUUUGAAGGGUCAAUGUACACCUUUGUGUUCCUCUGGACACCUGCUUUGAGCCCAAAUGAGGAG